UGCUUCACUCCUCUUUGCUUUUGUCCAGAAAAAACAGGUCUGCCCACAUUUUUCGUAGGACCAACGCAUGAGCCGCUGUGAGCUUCAUAAUGUUGGCCACAGCAUCUGGAAGGCUUCAUUGUCAAGGCCUUCCACUCCCUCCAGCCAACGGGAAAGAGAAUGCGCAGGAUUUCCAGAGCCUUCCGCGGAAUGGCGACCAACAUUGGCAAGCAGAAGUGGAGGCGGCCAUGCAGCGGUUCAAUCAGAUCAACCGGCAACUUCUAGAUACGUCGCCAGAAAGGCCAAGACCAUGUGACGCGGACGGUGCUGGCAAAUCAGAUCUAGAAUCGGCUCGCCAAAGCUUCGAAAUGCGGCUUCAAUCUAGGCAAAGCGAUGUUGUCAGCACCUGGUGUGAAUAUGUGCAAUGGGUCGCUGAAAGUUGUGGGGACGAGUCCAAAGUGCUGGCCCGUGCAUGUUAUGCAUUGGCCGGAGAAGCUGAGCACAGGGACGACAUUCGGCAUUUACGACUUUGGGUUCGGCACGCAGGGCAAAUCCCGCAAGCUGAGCAGGUCUUUGACUACUUAGAAGCCGAAGGAAUUGGUACGAGGCAUGCGCUCCUGUAUGAAGCCUGUGCAGCACAUUUGGAAAGGCAGCGAGCCUUUGCCGAAGCAGAAUGCCAGUACGAGCUGGGCUUGGCAAGGCGUGCGGAGCCACAGGAGAGGCUCCGCAGCCGCUUCAACGAGUUCCGAAGGCGCAUGUCGAAGCGAGCUGCGAGGGAAGAACGGCGCAAGAAUCCGGCUUUGAUCUUCCAGGAGCCUUCAAAGCAGCGGAGUCAGGGUGGAAGCACCCCCGGGGAGCUGGAACGCAGUCAAGUGGACGGUCCAGAAGAGUUGCCGAUUCCAGGGGGCCACGUGUUCAUUCCCAUCUCGAGCCCGGGAAGGGAAGUGGAAGUUGAGCCAGAAGGUCGCGGCGUUUUCCGUGCGAAAGAUGGAGAGGAGGCGUGGAAGGGAUGUGAGUCGCGUGCAAUGACUACGGAACUCACUGGUGGUCUCAGGGCCUUGCUGGCCGAAUCGCGGUUUUCCCAUGGACGUUCGUCCAGAGGAUCAACGCUGGACUUGUUCGAGGACCCGACGUACACAGCAGAGCUGGCCAAACGGGAGGUCUUGGGGCUCUUGGCGUUCGACUCGCAUGAGAAGAGCUCUGCGCCGCCUGCGCCGUUGAAGACGCUGAUCCGAGUUGGUGCCAAGGCAUUCCAAGCUCCGCGAAGCUCGGGGGCUUUCGAGGUCUUCGAGGAGACGGACUUUGUGGAAGAAAUUCGAGGGUUCUAGCUGCCAGCUGUGCAUGCCAAUAGGCUAAUUCGCCCCAUGGGGUGCCGAAUUCACUGCCAGCCAGACCAACAUACCGUACUUGUAGAGGCAAUUCAUGCUGUGCAGCUUGACUGCUGAGCAAUGGCAGUGGCAUCAAAAGUUCAAAAGUGCUGCUGAUGAGUUUGGCGCGUCCGGCUUUCACCUGAGUAGAAAGGCAGCCUUACUUUGCGGGGACUGCCCAUUUUGAUUCGGACAAGCUGGCUGUUGGAUGCCAUGAUGCUGUGAUGGGCUCGGCUUGCAGCCCUCUGCAUGCAAGGGCUGUGGAAGGUUGUGACACAGCCUGUGCUUGCCAAAUGGAGUUCGUGACACUGAGGGGCAGGUGCCUUGCGGGGGCUGGCAUGCAGCUUUUCGGAACGCUGUCACUGUGAGCAGAUAACACGGUUUGGUCGUGAUCGGUGCGGGUCACCAACUUCUGCAGUGGACGGGGCUGGGCGUUCUUUGCUGCUGCAAGGGCUCGGUUGGAAGUGGACUCAGGUUGGAAGUUCAUGCAGUUCAUUCGACACAGAGCCGGAGAUGCCCGAUCUCCUGAAGGGCCAGUGCAGCUGAUGAACCAGGAGGCCUGCACAAGCUUACGAAGCUUCCGCGGCGCUUGGUUGUUGACCCUGGCAUGCUUUUUGUUUGAAUGCUUCCCAUGUGGGAGUUGUGAAUUGAAGUCCACCAUGCACCAUGGAUUCGCUGGCACCCCGCACUGAGGUACCUUGCUGUAGCAGCUGGCCGAAGGCCAAUGCCGACGCGGCUUUGUACUAGGGAAACUUGUACAAUAGCAGCGCGUCGCUAGUGAACCCAAGCAGUGGAUACGCAAAUUUGUACCAACCCUGUUGUGGCGGGCGCCCUUGAAUGCAGAGAUGCCAGCUGCGUUUGUUUCAUGGGGUUCUCGCUAUCCUGCACCUCUGGUUGCAGAAUUGGCGUUGCUGUGGUCAAUCAAUCGCCUGUUUGCAGCUUGACGCACUUUACUAGCCUUCCUUGGUUGGAAGUGGAUUGCGAGGUCAGGCCCGGGUAGGUUCUUGGCAAUUGCUUGCGUUGCUUGCAAGAUUUGCUUUGUUCUUUUUGCGUGGCUUGUGCCAUUCACCAUUACUGCUGCAGCUUUGUCAGCAAAACCGCACCACUGAAAGCCAAAGCAGUGUCAGAGCCAAGAGCCUCGCUGGGAAUUCCAC